AUGGCCUGCAACCACGGCCACGGCCACGGACAGCAGUCGUACCCGCAGCUCAACCACAGCGCAGGACCUAAAUGGAUCAAGAAUCUGACGAAAGACAGACUGGGGACGUUCAACGGGGGGCAUUACGCGGACGUCAACCUCGCCUCGGUGCUCUUUACACACCGCAUCGACAAUGCAGAGCAUAUCAAGCUCAAAGUAUGGAGUGCGCCGGGGUUGACGAAGCCGACGUUCGAGGAAGCGAUGCAGCAAAAGUUCAAAACGGCGAAAAAGACGAACCACUGGUGGAAAGUGACGGUUACGAUCCCGAGCUACUGGGAGCAGUAUGAACGUGUGCAAUUCGAGUUCGAUCCAGGAUGUGAAGCUAUGAUAUUCUCAACGGAUGGAACACCGCUACAAGGAAUCACAGGCGGCUACGGCGGCGACCGUCGUGUGGAAUAUAUCAUCUCCCCGGAAGCCAGAGCGCAAGGCACACACGAAUUCGUCAUUGAGUCGAGCUGCAAUGGUAUGUUCGGUGUGCCGUGGAACGGCGACACCAUCCAGCCUCCGGACAUGAACCGCUAUUUCUCACUUGCUUCUGCGGAUUUGGUCGUACCUAACAUGGAGGCUUGGGGCCUUCUGUGGGAUUUUCAGACGCUUAGGGAGCUUGUGGAUACGUUGCCUGGGAAUACGCCACUCCAAAAUAAGGCAUUAACUGCUGCGAACGAGAUUAUGAAUGUAUUUAACAAAGCCGAUUUAUCGUCCAUCACCAAGGCGCGAAAACUCGCUGAGGAAGUGUUCGGUGAAGGAUGGGAAACAAAGGGGGCAGACAUAUACAACGAAGGCCCCAAGGAGGUGAAUGUAUGGGGUAUUGGACAUUGCCACAUUGACACGGCCUGGCUCUGGCCUUACCGCGUCACCCAGCAGAAAGUGGCUCGGUCUUGGGCGACACAGGUCGAUCUUAUGGAACGAUACCCCGAACACCGAUUCGCAUGUAGUUCUGCGCAACAGUACAAAUGGCUCGAACAGCUCUACCCCGCGCUCUACGAACGCGUGAAAGAAAAAGUUUUGGAUGGUCGGUUCCACCCGAUAGGUGGCUCGUGGGUAGAAAACGACUCGAAUAUGCCAUCAGGCGAAGCGCUCGUGCGCCAGUUCCUCUUCGGUCAACGGUAUUUUGAAAGCAGGUUUGGGAGGAGAUGCGAUACGGCGUGGUUGCCUGAUUCGUUUGGGCUUACGGGGGCUCUCCCACAAUUAAUUCGUGGUGCAGGGAUGAGUUAUUUUUUUACGCAGAAGCUUUCAUGCAAUGUCUUCCCUCACUCCACGUUCAACUGGGUGGGUAUUGAUGGUACGCAGGUUCUGUGCCAUAUGACUCCUGUCGAUACGUACACCGCACAAGCUACAGUCGGUGAUGUGAACAAGGGAAUCACAAACCACAAGAAUCUGGAAUCGUCCGAUAAGGCCUUGUUGGUCUUUGGAAAUGGAGAUGGUGGAGGAGGUCCCCUAGCCAAGAUGUUAGAAAACUUGCGUCGUAUGCGGGCAGUUACCAAUACCCAUCGCGAGCUGCCACCCGUCAACAUGGGACAUUCUGUCGACGAGUUCUUCCAGCACAUAGAGAAAGAGACGAAUGAAGGCAAAAUCUUGCCCAAUUGGCAUGGAGAACUGUAUCUUGAGUUCCAUCGUGGGACGUAUACUUCGCAUGGUUCUAUUAAGAAGGGGAAUAGACACUCUGAGAUCCUCCUUCGUGAUGUUGAGCAAAUUGCAACACUGGCGUCGUUGUACAAACAUAGCAAGAAUAACUAUGUUUAUCCGAAGGAUAAGGUUGAUGAAUCUUGGGAAAAGGUUUUGUUGAAUCAAUCGCUCAUUCUCAUUCAAUAUUACAGCGGCAUGGUCUACGAAGACGCCGAGAAGCUCUACGCAGAAGUCAAGAAAGACGGCGAAGCCUUGCUCGAAGAAGCCUUCUCCGUUCUGUUCCCAAAUUCUGUUCCUCUCACCCCUUCCACCCGAUCCAAAGCACUCGCAGGGUCCAGCAAGAUCGUAGCGUACAAUACCACCUUCUUCCCGCGGUGGGAUAUCGUCAAGAUUCCUCUGGCGAAAGCGGGCCCGUCGUUGAAGGCGCAGAUUUUACAGGCGUCGGAUGAUGGGCGCGAAGGGUACGCUAUUAUGCAUUGUGCGAAUGGAGCAGGCGCGGGGGAGUUGAAGCAUCCUUCUAAUGCGCUGCAUGCUCAUCUUAAACCGGUAUCAGUUUAUACUAAUGGAUCUGAUCAUUUCGUGCUUCGUAAUGCGAGUGUACAACUUACUAUUUCAAAGGGACGUAUCAGCAGUCUAGUUGACGUCAAGCUCAACCGCGAAUUAAUUGCGGAAGGGCAAACUGGGGGAUUAAUCAUCUUCCAAGAUCGUCCGAACUACUGGGAUGCUUGGGAUGUUGAAAUUCACCAUCUGGAAACUGCCCAACCACUCGAGUUCUCCAACGUUUCUGUUGUAUCCCAGGGACCUCUUCGUGCGGCUGUUCGCGCGGAGGUGAAGUAUGGUCAGAGCACAAUCACGGUGACGAUUUCACUCGAUGCUACCACUGCCACUAUCAAAGAGAACUCUCGAUCCCUUUUCAACUUUGAUGCUAUAGUUGACUGGCGUCAACGUCAUGAAUUCCUCAAAUUCGAAUUGCCUCUUAAUAUCCACAGCGAUAAUGCUACGUAUGAGACCCAGUUUGGGUAUGUUCAAAGACCCACUCAUAAGAACACGACUUGGGAUAUUGCCAAGUUUGAGGUCUGCGGUCAUAAGUAUGCUGAUCUUAGCGAGUUUGGAUAUGGUGUAGCGAUCCUUUCAGAGUCAAAGUAUGGUUUCUCGUGCCAAGGAAAUGUUCUGAGAAUUUCUCUUCUUCGUUCCUCUACUGCCCCAGACGCCGAGCAGGAUCAAGGGGAGCAUCAUUUCUCGUGGGCUGUGAUGCCUCAUGAAGGACACUUCUUGGAAUCAGAUGUUCCAAUCGCUGGUUAUCUGUAUAACUCGCCCUUAAGAGUCCGCUGCUUGCCUCCGGGUGCACCUGACAUCGUUUCAUCCCUAAAGUCUCCGUUCGUAGUCCAAGGCGCGCGCAAUGUCUUCCUAGAGACCGUCAAACGCGGGGAAAACGAUACCUUUGACAACAUCGUCGAUUUUGAAGCUAAAGAUUCAGAUGCGACCACUACCGUCGUUCUGAGGCUGUAUGAAGCGUUUGGCGGGCAUGCGCAGGUUAAAUUGGGCAUUUCGAGCCAUUUGCCUGUUGUCAAAGCUUUCACGACCAACUUGCUAGAGGAUAAUGACGAGGAGCUGUAUCUUCUCCGGGCGGAGGAGGACAAGGCGAAGGAAGAGAACGUGGGGACUUGUCUUUCGCUCAGUUUUAGGAGGUUUGAGGUCAAGACGGUUAAAUUGGUACUUGGUGCGCUGCCUCCUAGUCCAUUAUCCCAUAAAAGAGUGUCAGUCCUUCCUCUCUAA